CCGGCGACAUUAGCUAGCGCUCGCUCUACUCUCUCUAACGGGGAAACAGCGGACUACAAGAGACUGAGCUGUAUCUGCCUCUAUUUCCAACAGACUCACGUUCAACUUUCACUCACAAAAAAAAAAAAAAAAAAAAAAAGCCGGGAAAAUUUUAUUAACCCUUUUUUAAAAAAAGUUAAUAUAAAAUUAUAGCAAAAAAGGAACCUGAACUUUAGUAACACAGCUGGAACAAUCCGCAGCGGCGGCGGCAGCGGCGGGAGAAGAGAUUUAAUUUAGUUGAUUUUCUGUGGUUGUUGGUUGUUCGCUAGUCUCACGGUGAUGGAAGCUGCACAUUUUUUCGAAGGGACCGAGAAGCUGCUGGAGGUUUGGUUCUCCAGGCAGCAACCCGACGCAAACCAAGGAUCUGGGGAUCUUCGCACCAUCCCAAGAUCCGAGUGGGACAUACUUUUGAAGGAUGUGCAAUGUUCAAUCAUAAGUGUGACAAAAACUGACAAGCAGGAAGCUUAUGUACUCAGUGAGAGUAGCAUGUUUGUCUCCAAGAGACGUUUCAUUUUGAAGACAUGUGGUACCACCCUCUUGCUGAAAGCACUGGUUCCCCUGUUGAAACUUGCUAGGGAUUACAGUGGGUUUGACUCAAUUCAAAGCUUCUUUUAUUCUCGUAAGAAUUUCAUGAAGCCUUCUCACCAAGGGUACCCACACCGGAAUUUCCAGGAAGAAAUAGAGUUUCUUAAUGCAAUUUUCCCAAAUGGAGCAGCAUAUUGUAUGGGACGCAUGAAUUCUGAUUGUUGGUACUUGUAUACUUUGGAUUUCCCAGAGAGUCGGGUAAUCAAUCAGCCAGAUCAAACCCUGGAAAUUCUGAUGAGUGAGCUUGACCCAGCAGUUAUGGACCAGUUCUACGUGAAAGAUGGUGUUACUGCAAAGGAUGUCACUCGUGAGAGUGGAAUUCGUGACCUGAUACCAGGUUCUGUCAUUGAUGCCACACUGUUCAAUCCUUGUGGGUAUUCAAUGAAUGGAAUGAAAUCGGAUGGAACUUAUUGGACUAUUCACAUCACUCCAGAACCAGAAUUUUCUUAUGUUAGCUUUGAAACAAACUUAAGUCAGACCUCCUAUGAUGACCUGAUCAGGAAAGUUGUGGAAGUCUUCAAGCCAGGAAAAUUUGUGACCACCCUGUUUGUAAAUCAGAGUUCUAAAUGUCGCACAGUGCUUUCUUCGCCCCAGAAGAUUGAAGGUUUUAAACGUCUUGAUUGCCAGAGCGCUAUGUUCAAUGAUUACAAUUUUGUUUUUACCAGUUUUGCUAAGAAGCAGCAACAACAGCAGAGUUGAUUAAGAAAAAUGAAGA